GCGGCCGCCCCCCUUUUCCCUCCAGCAUCUGACAAAGCGAUCGUCAGGCUCCGGGCUGCAGGCUCACCAGGUUGAUCCAGAGACUUACAGCCGCUAUCGGUACCUCCGCGUCUGUCAGGCCCUGCUGUUGACUACAGAGGAAUUUCACCUCUGGAUCUAAGUUAAAACGUUUACGAUAAUGCCCACAAUAAAAUUACAGAGCUCUGAUGGGGAAAUCUUCGAGGUGGAUGUUGAGAUAGCCAAACAGUCUGUCACCAUCAAGACCAUGUUAGAAGAUUUGGGAAUGGAUGAUGAAGGAGAUGAUGACCCAGUUCCCCUCCCUAAUGUGAACGCUGCCAUUCUCAAGAAGGUGAUUCAGUGGUGCACUCAUCACAAAGAUGACCCUCCUCCUCCUGAGGAUGAUGAGAACAAAGAAAAGAGGACAGAUGACAUUCCUGUAUGGGACCAGGAGUUCCUCAAAGUGGACCAAGGCACCUUGUUUGAGCUCAUUCUGGCCGCCAACUAUUUGGACAUCAAAGGCCUGUUAGAUGUCACCUGCAAGACGGUGGCCAACAUGAUCAAAGGCAAAACCCCAGAGGAGAUCAGGAAGACUUUCAACAUUAAAAAUGAUUUCACAGAGGAGGAGGAAGCCCAGGUACGCAAAGAGAACCAGUGGUGUGAAGAAAAGUAAAGGGGAAGAUCCUGCCAACACUACCACACUGAAUAGGAAUUGUCCCUGCUAACUGGUUGCACUGGCGUUGUUCAUACUUGUCAAUAUUUACAUUUAGUAUACUUAGAGCCACAUACCCACCCCCUCCCCUUCCCUCAAGUUCUGUAUACCAAUAGCAUGACCAUUUUAACUUGCCUGUGUGUUGUCAUUAAUUUAAAUAAAAAAAAAAAAGCUGUUUUCUUUUUCCACACGUGUAAUUACAUAAAUAGUCCUGGUUUCAUGGCUUUGUACCCUUAAAGAUUAGAAGACAGUCCUUUCAUAUUUUCCCUACUAUCAAUCGCUAUGGUUGUCUUUUUUACUGGACAUGUUUGUUUUCUUUUAGGUUAAUUGAUUGAAUAAAAUGGCUUUUUUGACAAUGGAAAUGGAAGUGUGAAUAUUUUACUUUUGCUCUGUAAAAGCAUCUGUUCUGUGAAACCAUGUUCGGAGAGGAUGGGCUGUUUAAAGGAGAAGUGAAGUCUGAGGUGAAAAGAUGUUUUUUUUUUUUUUGCAUAAUGUCCUUUGGACUCGAAGUACUUGUGUGUUGUCACACAGCACUGGGUAACUCAUUCCUAAUUCAUGUAUUGAAUUGGAAACUUUUCUCAGAUAAGCUCUGAUGCUGGCUUUUGGGAUGAUCAAACAUAUUGAAGGAGUAAAUAAAAUGUAUAAAAAGGUU